CUUCGCGAGCGUCUGGGACAUUUUCUGAACGUUCUUUUUUGGUUUAAUAAUGAAUAUUAGUGGCCGCUUCCAGUGUUGCAAGUGAAAAUGGAAGCUACGUAUUGUCGUGUCUGCUUGGGGCACAAAGGCGCCGGUUCCAGCAUACACGAAUUCAUCGCGAGAACCGACACGCUGUAUACGGCGCUUUGCAGGUUGUGUCCUGCGGCAUUUACGGAGAAAGACAACAGUCGCUGGUCGGCGUUCGUGUGCAAACCAUGCAAACGGCAUAUCAUAGUAACGCAAGACCUCUACGAACUGUGCAUCCGUAGCACGCAGAGGCUACAGCAGCUGGAUGUGCAAGAAUCCAAGGAAAAGGGCGAAGACACGGAUUCUGAUGUCCUGACCAAAAAUACUACUGCCGAGCAAGAGGAUGAAUUUGAUGCGGUUUUCUUUGGUCCGCCGGAAGAUGCUCCAUCUGGAUCCGCUCCUAAUGCCAACCCGCCAGACGAACCAACGAAAGAGGAGAAGAAAGUUGAAGCUACCGAACAAGACGAUGAGUUUGACGCUGAUUUUUUUGGAACAUCGGAAGACUUAGUUGCAGAAGCGCCAGAAGCGAGUACGUCUAUUGAAAUCGGCGGUGAUACGAUAGCGCUGGUAAAACUCGAAAGCCUAUUAGGUACAGCGAAACAGGAAUGCACAACGAGCCGCACCAUGGAUUUAUCUAGUGACGAAGAAGAUUUUACGAUGCCUGCAACGGAUGAUAGUGUACGAAGUACGUCUCCCAUAGGCGUAAAUAGUGCUUCAUCUGGGGUCGUUUAUAAAACUGCGACUACGGAUACUGCAGACGUUGAAAUGGAUUCCCCUGGAUGUACGGAAUCGGAAUCGGAGGAUGAAAUAACGAAAAUCUUUAACCAAGAGACGUUUUACUGCUGGGACCGUUGCGGGAUGUAUUUCUUCGACAAACCCUCCUUUGACAAACAUCUUAUGGAUCACAAGAUGCGGCGAAGAUGGUUUUGUAAAUUUUGCUUCGAAGGCUUCAACACGCAAGCACUUCUGGGCGAACAUUUGCCUAGCCACGACCGUUCUCUUCUCUGUGAGAUAUGCGGAGAACUGGUGGCCACGCCAGAGGAGAACAAUCAUGAUCACAGCAAGAUAGGACCGUUCGACUGUCCGAAAUGUCCGCGGCAAUUUCAAACUCAGACUAGACUUAGUAAGCACAUGGAAAGACACGGCGCCAAGCGGUUUUGUUGCGAUGUAUGUGGCCUGUAUCUAUCUUCUGCAAAAAGAUUGCGAAAUCACAAAGCGGCUAAGCACAGUGGAGGAGAGAAGCCGUUCAGUUGCGACAUUUGUGGUCACAGGUUCGCAGUAAAGGAUACUAUAAAAGCUCACAUGAGGACGCAUUCCGGCGAAAAACGUUUUGCUUGCAUGUUUUGUGAUCGGCGAUACGGUGCUUCUAACGAUUUGAAGGACCAUUUACGGAAACAUCUUGGAGAGAAGAUUUAUCAAUGCGAUCAGUGUGAUGAUUCGUUUCGCUUAAUCAAAGAACUUAAAGAGCAUUAUGAGCAAGUGCACUUUCAAGAUGGUGCUUCUAAUUCUACACGACGGCCCGAUUUUAAGUUCACCCUUAAUUAUUUAGUAAAUUUACGUCGUCAAAAACAGCUUGAUAAACUAUAUGUUUCCGAGGAGAAACCUACCGAGCCAGGGUCAUAAAUAAUGAAGCUAAUUCUGGAGUCGUCCGCUGGAACCUCAUUUCAUUUUCAUUUCUCGAACUUAACAAAAAAAUACUAUUUUUUUUUCAUUAUAUCCCCAAUAAUUGAAUUGUAACUGGAAUAGUUCGCUGGAAGCCAAUUGUGAAAGAAAACAUUAGUAAUACAGAAGAAAUAACACAA